UCAACAAAGAUGGCGACGAAGAUGUCUCGAAAACUGUUCUCUUCUCUUAUCUCUUCAAAAAGUUCUUUUUACGGCCUUUUACCGAGGUUGAGAAUUGAGAAAUGUAUACCACUGAGAAGACAUGUGGCCAGUCUUGCUCGACUUCCCGAAACGCAUGAAAUGUUGAGAAAAACUUGUCGAGAUUUUGCAGACAACGAACUUAUACCCAUCGCCGGUAAUCUGGAUAAAGAUCACAGAUACCCUACAGAACAGGUCAAACAGAUUGGGGAACUUGGUCUUCUCUCAAUGGAAGUUCCUGAAUCAUUAGGAGGGUCAGGACUGGAUUAUCUGGCGUAUUCUAUAGCAAUGGAGGAGAUCAGUCGAGGCUGUGCAUCCACAGGGGUUAUCAUGAGUGUGAAUAAUUCCCUUUAUCUUGGUCCUAUUCUCAAAUAUGGGACAGAGGAACAAAAGAAGAAGUGGCUUACACCUUUCUGCUCUGGAGAAAGAGUUGGCUGUUUUGCUCUCAGUGAACCAGACAAUGGUAGUGAUGCUGGUGCUGCUAAGACCACUGCCUACUUAGAAGGAGAUCAUUGGGUUUUAAAUGGAACAAAGGCCUGGAUCACUAAUGGUUAUGAAUCUGAAGCAGCAGUAGUGUUUGCCACAACAGAUAGAUCAAAGAAACACAAGGGAAUCAGUGCGUUCAUUGUACCCAAACCUACCGAGGGGCUGAGUCUUGGAAAAAAAGAGGACAAGUUGGGAAUAAGAGCCUCUUCUACUUGUUUACUUAUUUUUGAAAACUGCCUCAUUCCAAAGGAAAAUCUUCUUGGAGAACUUGGAGCAGGAUUCAAGAUAGCAAUGGCCACACUUGAUGCAGGUCGUAUUGGUAUUGCAGGGCAAGCAUUAGGAAUAGCCCAGGCUGCAUUAGAAUGUGCAAUUGACUAUGCUCAAAAAAGGAGUGCCUUUGGACAGCCAAUUGCAAGUUUACAGGGAAUUCAGAUGAAGCUAGCUGAUAUGGAGGUAAAGUUAGACAGUGCUAGACUUCUGACUUGGAAAGCAGCAAUGCUAAAAGAUGCAGGAGAAAACUUCACUAAGGAGGCAGCAAUGGCAAAACUUGCAGCAUCUGAAGCUGCUACUUACAUUUCUCAUCAGAGCAUUCAAGUCCUUGGCGGUAUGGGUUAUGUUACUGAUAUGCCUGCUGAGAGGCAUUAUCGCGAUGCAAGAAUCACAGAGAUUUAUGAAGGAACAAGUGAAGUGCAAAGAAUUGUCAUUGCUGCAAGACUUUUAAAAGAAUAUGAGCAAUGAUAAAGUAAAAUAGAAUAUUAAAUAGAGAUUUGCUGGUUGAUAACAAUAGUAUUCUGGCAGUUAACAUCAAUGAACUGGAAUAGACCAAGGAUUUUCAGAAACAUUAUUAGCCCAUUCAAUCUGGUGAUGGUGCUGAUGAGUUGUGCAAGUCUUUGUUUGAUAAGCACUGCAAUAAUCAUUGGCCAGCAAUCAGAACUGUGCAUAACACUUCUCAAACUUCACAAAAUAUUUCCCAAAGUAAGUUUAAAAGCAUCAACUUUAUGAAAAUUUAAGUCAUUGUACUUUUCAGAAUUUUAAUUCUUUCAUUCUUUUCUAUUCUUGACUCUGGUAAACAAGGCUCAUGAAAGUAAUGGAGUAGCAUCUGAUAACAUGGAGGGCAGUAAUUUAUUUAUAAAACAAAACGAAGUUGAGAUAGUUUUAUGUACAAAACCUACACUUUUAGACAUGUGCUUCACAAUUCUGUGUUGAUAUAAUGAAAAAUACAACUAUUGAACAGUUGGGUGUAAAAAAUUAAAUACAUUUUUAAUUAAA